GUAUCCUCGAACAAACCAAGCCGUCGCAAGUCGUUCGCCGCUCGCAGCCGCCAGAAACACCGCACUCUCCCGCACGUCCCCCUCACGUGCCUCCAUUCUUGGAAAUCAAACCCCUCAAAUUGGAAAGCACCAUGUCAAGACGCGGGUGAGGGUGGCAGCGGUGGCGACAGACGAGCAGGGGGAGGGGGGGGAUGCACUGUGCCUGGCAGCGGCUGAUCGCCCUCCGUUCGACCUCAAUCUGGCGGUGCUGCUGGCGGGAUUCGCGUUUGAGUCGUACAACACCCCGCAGGAGGACAAGGACACUCUGUGGGAGCAGGACGUGGGGGGCUGUCGCACCAUCUUCACAUCCUACGGCUUUGCCUACGAGCUCUACUCUGGCCAACUCAUCGUGACCGUCCAAUCCGCCUCUGACGUGCCAGCCGUAGAUCUCUGGGGCACCAGCGACCCCUACGUGCAGGCAUCAGUGGGCGAGGCGUCUGCGCGCACACGCACCAUUUGGACGAGCACGGCGCCAGAGUGGAAUGAGGAGAUUCGCCUGCUGGUGAAAGCAGAUGACACCUCCACCCAGUACCUUAAGCUGUCCAUGUGGGACGAUGGGAUCGUCAUAGAGCCCCGUCGCCUUGGAAACGCUUCCAUCCGAUUGGACGAUCUUCUGGACGGGGAGGCGCAUGAGCACGAGGUUGCGCUGGAGGGGCCGGGAGGAGGAGCCACACUCAAGCUUGCAGUCCGCUACCGCAGUUUUGCAGAGCUGGCGGAGGAGGAGAGGAGGAGGUGGCGCCUGCCCUCUCUGGAUGACAUUUUCUCAGGCCAGCUCCCUCUGGUCUCCGGCUUUCAAGACGUUAUCACUUCAGCCUUGCAACCUUCCUCCUCCACACCUGCUGCCGACUCCUCCCCUGCUCCCACCGACGGCUCGGCUCCCGCUACCAGCCAACCGUCGCCGGCCAUUUCCACGUACGAGUUUGUCCGGUCUGCCAUCCAGCAGUUCGGAGCCCCAUCCGCCUUCCCAACGAGUCUGGAUAAGAUCCGAGACUCGGUCGUCCCAACUCAAUCCGCGCCACAAGCAGCAGCAGCAGCAGAAGCAACAGGGUCUGCUGAAAUCAGUGCAGAAAAUGCUGACACUGGUAGCAGUGGCAGGGAGGAGCAGGUGAGGCAGGCAGUGGGGUUGGCGAGGGAGGUGCUACUCAGGGCAGGCUGGAUCCCGCCAGGUGGCACCCUGGACCAGCUCAGUCAGGCGGUAAUGAGUGGUACUGACAGUGGCACUGGUGCCUCUGGCAGCAGUUCAAGCAGCAGCAACAGUGAAUCUGCCCCUGCUGCUGCUUCUGGUGGGUUUGAUCUGGGCUCUGCUGCAUCAGCUGCAGCAGGAGGGUUGCUGGAGGGGGCAGCAGGCGCAGUGGCGGGGAGGAUAGAGCAGCGGCGAGCGGAGCUGAGGAGAAGCCUCACAGACAUGGGCAUCACCCUGCCCUGGUACGACCAGGCCAAAGGGCAAGGGGCGGACGGACAGAGCAGCAGCUCUGAUGCAGCGGCAGCAGCAGGCGAUUUUCUGGAGGGGGCUACGAGCGCGUUGGUGGGGCGGAUAGAGCAGCGGCGAGCCGAGCUGAGGAAGAGCCUUGUGGACCUCGGGAUUACCCUGCCUUGGUAUGACCAGAGCAGCGGGCAAGGGGUAGAUGGGCAAGGGACAGACAGGCAGGCAAGCCCCGCUACAGAUGUCACUGCUUCCCAAGAGCCGUCCUCCUUCUCCUCCUCCCUGGAUGAUCUUCGCAAGGCGGCUUUCCGGCAGACUGAGGGGGUGCUGGGGUCGCUCGCCCUGCUUGGCAGCACAGCUGGCAGCCUGCCAUUGGCCGAGGGGGAGAAGAAGAGUGUAGGAGCAGCUAAGUCCGAAGGGGAAACUGGUGGGGAGGAGAGUGAGGGAGCGAGAGAAGGAGCGAGUGAGGGAGUGAGUGAAGGAGCGAGUGAGGUAGUGAGUGCGGAGGAGACAGAGGAGGCGCUGCGCAUGUUUGGGAGUGCAGAGACGGCGGUGGAGGCAUGGACCAUGCUGGCGAGUUCUCUCGGGCAGCAGACGUUCGUCAAGUCGGAGUUUGAUAAGGUCUGCUUCGUGGACCACCCACAGUCGGACACUCAAGUGGCAGUGUGGAGGGAUGUGCGGAGGAAGAGGAUCGUGGUGGCUUUCAGAGGCACAGAACAGACUAAGGCCAAGGACUUACUUACAGACAUCUCGCUCUCUCCCUCCAGCCUCGACUUCGAGCGAACCUCGUCGGGCGAUUUUGACCAGGAUGUCAUGGUGCAUGGGGGUUUCCUUGCUGCAUACGACUCUGUGCGCGCUCGCCUGCGCUCCCUCAUUGCCAUCAUCACCGACCCCAACCGCCCUGCACCGCUCACCGCUCGUUCUGCUGAUGCUGAUGCUGGUGCUGAUGGGGACUCCUCAAUCCAUGCAGCUGACAGCCUAUCAGAGGGUGACACGUGGCGGGUGUACCUGACCGGUCACAGCCUGGGAGGAGCCCUGUCGACCCUCUUUGCCUACGAGCUCUCCCAGUCCAACAUGGUCAGGGAGCGCAACAUCCAUCUCACCAUGUACAACUACGGCUCCCCUCGGGUGGGGAAUGCGGCCUUCGUUGCCAGAUUCAACAUGUACAUGCGUGACAGCUGGCGCAUUGUGAAUCGAGCUGACAUCGUCCCCACAGUGCCCAAGCUAAUGGGGUACCGCCAUGUGUGCUGCCCUGUCUACCUCAGCCCAGGAGGGCCCUCAGGUGACCUUCAGUCGGAUGCAUCACAGGAGCAGCUAGGAGUGGAUGAUGGGUACGCAGCCGAGGUGGUGGGGGAGGCGAACGCCAACGACAUCCUAGAGGACUAUAUGAAGGGCGAGCGGCGGCUGAUCGACCGGCUCUUGCAGACGGAAGUGGCGAUGCUGUCGGCCCUGAGGGAUGGAUCCGCCAUCAUGAUGCACAUGGAGGACUUUUAUUACAUCGCUCUGCUCAAGGACAUGGUACGUGACUCACUCCACAUCGAUCUGCCAUCUUGA